GUAAAGGUUGGUACCGUCCUCGCAUUUGCACCAUUCUUCUGCGGAACCAAGUGGUGAACUACUCGGACAUGAGGAAUUUAGUACGUAGACGCACAGUCAAAAAUGGCGGAGGAGGAUUCUUGGGAUGCUGACACUUUCGAAGCGGAUGAAACGACAAAGAAGGCUGCUGUAUUGGACAAAUGGGAAGGCGAGGACGAGGAGGAAGAUGUCAAGGACAACUGGGAUGACGAAGAGGAGGAAUUAAAGCCUCAACAACAGAAAACAGUUUCAGAAGCAAAAAAUUCAGAAAAAAAGAAAUUAAGUGACAAAAUCAAAGAAAAAGAAAUGGUACAAAGAAAAAAGCAAGAGGAACUGAAGAAACGGUUACAGGAAUCCCAAGAAAUAACUGAACUAACACCAGAAGAGGAACUGGCUGAGAAACUCAAAGUCCAGAAACUCCAAGAGGAGGCAGACCUUGAACUUGCAAAAGAUGCAUUUGGUGUAUCAAACAGCGUAACAGGAAUUGAUGCCAUAAGUCCCUCGUCUAAAGAUGACUUUACAGAAUUUGAGAAGUUGCUGAAAGACAAAAUAUCACCAUAUGAAAAAUCCAUACAUUACUCCAACUUCCUGGAUUCGUUGUUUCGAGACCUCUGUCUUUCAUUGGAAGUGGAAGACUUGAAGAAAAUAAGUGGCUCGCUCACGGCCUUGCUCAGUGAGAAACAGAAACAGGAAAAGCAACUAAAGAAAGGAAAGAAUAAGAAGAAAGGAGUGGUUCCUGCAGGGGGAUUCAAGGCUAAGAUGAAAGACGACCUUGCAGAUUAUGGCGAGUUUGAUGGAGGAUAUGCACAGGACUAUGAGGACUUUAUGUAACACCAUUUGUCCAUUCCUCACAGCUUUGCUAAAAUAAUCCACUGAACUGAUCCGAACCAUCCUUGAAAACCCUUAAGUUGCAUCCUAUCCCUAUUCAAUAGUUUUAAGACCAAACAAUUUGAUUCAUGAUGUCAUUGAAUAGACAAACUAGUUACUGGAAGACCAUUCCCUGUUUGUAUUAUUUUGUAUUUUCUUUUUUAUUACUUUGUCUGACAGCAACAUCCUCACUGUUUGCACAACUCCAUUGUUAGUGUGUUCAUCACAAUGAGUUAUGCAAAUCAGUUUGUCAAUAUGCAUCACUAACUUGUAGGUAGAUAUUCCAAAACUGCAUUCGUUUAAUUAAUGUAAACCAGCACAUUUUGUCACAAUCAGUUGGGGUUUCAAGCCAUGAUAUAUGCACAGAUUAAUGGAAGAGGUUCUAAAUGAUAUAACUGCAUUGGUAUUAUGGAUUUAACUUAUGUUUACAUGUAGGGUGUAAUGAUUCAUUUGAUUACACCUUGUUGAAGAGAUGGGGGAAAAGGACUGAUAAUACAAAGGUUUAUAAAUGUUUUAACUUUGUUGUACUUGAAAAGAAAACCAUGCCAGGUUCAUCAACCUUACUUAAAGGUAUGAAAAAAAAAAAAAAAGACAGAUUAAAGUUACUCAAAAUGAAAA